UAAAGAAGCACAUUUUAGAAAUCUGUCUAAAGAAGUGACUUUCACCUAUAAUAAUUAACAUAUCUAGUGCAAAAAAGGAUCACCUUGCAAAGUAUAAUAUCUCUAUGCAGUACAUUUGUUAAAUCAUAUUAUAAGUAUUAAUUCAGCAUGUCAGACAUUGAAGAAGAUGAGUUUCAAGAUGCUCAAGAAUCUUUACCACAGCCUACUUCUAUGGAUUUGGAUACAGCAAUAAUGGAGGCAAAGAAAGCGAUAUAUUAUUUUUUUAAUAAUGAUUUCGAAGAAGCAAGGAAAAUCAUGGAACCAUGGGCAAGCAGUAGCAUGUAUCAUUCUUUAGGAACAAGUAUAUUUGCAUUCCUUGAGGCUAUUCUUACAUUUGAACAAAAAUCCAUUGAAAAGGCAGCUGGAGCUGUAAAACAGUGCAUGACUGUGUGUUUAAAGCAACGUAAACAUGUCACACUAACCCAAAAUAUUGGGAAAAUGGUGAAGAAGACUAAUUACGAUGCUUAUACAAUUGAGGAAGUGCAUGCGGAACUCUGUUAUGCCGAAUCACUUUUUUUAAAAUCGAUGCUCACGUUUGUGGAGGACGAGACUUUGGUCAGCUUUGUUAAAGCUGGGUUCAAAAUUCGUACCUGCUUUCUAUCGUAUAAAGAGUGUUUAACAAUUUUAAAUAAUCGUAAAUGGGAGAACAAUGCUCAUAAAAUACAUUUCGAAAGUGGUGUCCGCACUGGUAUUGGUGCAUUCAAUCUGAUGAUUUCUCUAUUACCAGCAAAAAUUAUCAAACUGCUAGAGUUUAUUGGAUUUUCGGGUGAUAAGGAAUAUGGUUUGUCAGAAUUAGAAGCAGGGUACAAAGAAAGAAGAGGUUUACGACAUGUGCUGUGUGCGAUGUUUCUUUUAUCUUACAAUCUGCUCGUGUCGUUUGUUCUAAGUCAUACAGACGGUGAUCUAGAUUGGUGUGAAAAAGUUUUGGAAGAAGAAUUAAGUCUUUAUCCAAAUGGUGUAUGGUUUUUAUUUUUUAAGGGAAGACUAGAACUAACAAGGGGAAAUUUUGAGAAAUCGUUAGAAUGGUACACCAAAUCUUGGAAAAGUCAAGAUCUAUGGCCUCAAUUUCAUCAUAUUUGUUUUUGGGAAUUAAUGUGGGCACAUUGUUCAUUGCAACAAUGGAAUCAAGCUGCGAUGUUUGCCAGUACUUUAGCUAAGGAAUCGCAUUGGUCUCGUACAAUUUAUUUAUAUCAAAGAGCUGCAAUACUUAUGAUGCAAAAACCAUCAUCACAAAGCCAAGAAAAACAAAUGAUAGAUACCUUAAUGAUGCAAGCGCCUACUUAUAAGCAACGUAUUGCGGGGAAGUCAUUACCAAUGGAAAAAUUUGUAAUAAAAAAAACUGAACGGUAUUUUGCACAAAAGAAAAAUCUAGUCCUUCCUAUAUUUGAGCUUAUGUAUGUCUGGAAUUUAUUUCGAAUAAUAGGUAAACGACAAGAUUUAACAUUAAACAUGUUUAAAGUAAUUGAAGAUGCUGAAAAGGAGCUUAUGAAAGCAUCGAAAACAGAAUUUCAUGCAGAUAACGAAGCGCUCUUAUUACUUUUAAAAGGUGCUUGCUUACGACAAAUGAAACACCCUUUAUUAGCUGAGAAAUGUUUGAGACGUGUUCUCGAGUUGGACAAGUCAAUCAAGGAAGAUACUUAUUUACUUCCUUAUGCAACGGUAGAAUUAGCUUUGUUAGGUCAAGAUCAAGGGAAUAUUCAACUUGCUAUUGGAUUAUUAGAGGAUGCCAAAAAAACAUUUACUGGAUAUCUGCUAGAAUCUAGAUUACAGUUUAGGAUUCAUUCCGAUUUGAUGAAAUUGACUGGCAAAAAGGCCGAAGAUAUUUUAAUGUAAUAGUACCUGGAAAAUAAGCUUUUUGUAAGAAACAAUUCAUUACUGCCAAUAGCAUCACUAUUGCGGAU